AUGGGUUGGGACACAUUUACUGUCGAACUACAUCAUGGGAGAAAGUUCAUGAGGACACCAAAAAUUAUUUACAAAGGUGGUACUGUAAGUAUUAUUGAAGAUUGCGAACCAGCCAAAAUUUCUUUACUUGAGAUUAUAGACAUGUAUGUAUCAGUAGGAGGAGAAGAGGUGAAUGUUAACAUAUAUUAUAGGGUUCUUGGGUACAGUUUGGACAUGGGAGUAAAGCAAAUAAGGUCAGACUGUGAUGUUAUCGAGUUACUAAAAUGUUAUGAAGACCUUGACUAUGUACUAAAUACCUUUGAAUGUUAUGAUAGUGACGAGUAUAGUGAGGACCCUAGUUGGAUUUAUGAAGACCUAGAAGGUCUAGAUGAUGAUGACAUUUUUAGAAAUGACAUUUUUAGAAGUGACUUUCCACCUAAUGGGGCUGAAGCAUUUGUUAAUCAAGAUGUUGGACCAUCUCAGUCAAAUAAAUCCACUGAUGGUGCAACAUUCACUAAUGGUGCUACCUCCAAUGCUACUAUAGCCUGCAAUAUUGUUGUUGCCUCCACUGAUGGUCCAACCUCCACUGUUGUUGCCUCCAAUGUUGCUGCCUCCAAUGUUGCUGCUACCUCUAGUGCUGAUGCAGCCUCCACUGCUGGUCUAGCCUCUAUUGUCGCCACCUCAACUGCUGCUGCCUCCAAUAUUGCUUGCACCCUCCAUUGCUGGUCAAGUCUCAACUACUGA